CUCCAUGCGACUUAACCCGCUUACGAAUCAGCAAACUGUCGCCAAGAAAUCCUCGUUUUUGGCGUUCAUGCUGAAGCACUUUUCCCGACUUUUGCCUGCGGGUUCAAGGGCCGCCUCCCAGAUUCUUCGCUCCAACAGGAGUUGACAGGGUGCUGUGCAUUGCAAGUACACUUGGGCCACCUUACCACAUUGUUCGCUGCUGAGAGUGUGAUCUCUGUUUCCUUUUCUUGUGUCGCCUCUGCUGUCUCCACUCGUCAACGAAAAAUUUCUUUCCACACUCGGAACCAUUUGUCGCGUGAUUGUCCGAGAUUCCAGACUCUGCCAUCCCCUACCCCCCAUCAGUUUUUGGCUGUCGAUUCUUUCCGCCCCUGGUAAGACUCUAUCGUCCCUGGUAGUCGUGCUGUUCCGCUGAGCGCCACUUGAGGUAGGAAAAUCACUGUCUCGCCAUCCGCAGCUGCGUGCUCCGCCAUCUACGCGGUAACUGGAGUGAUAAUUGUGUACAGUCCGACGCCAUUUUGCACUACCGGCAGCCCUUCUAUGUUUCCACCUGUUCGCCCCCCUGCUGGAUGCAGGCGACACUCCUGACACAGUUCAGGACCAGUUGAAAUCGUACGACGAGGUUCGACAGAUAGGACCAAGUUUUAUUUGUUUCUGGGCAUCAGACCCACAAGAACCUUCCAGUUGCCGUCCACAAUGGCUGCUGCGCUUCGGUUUCUAAACACUGCGCUCACGACUUCCAGACCUUUGUUCGCUUCUGGAAGUCGCCCGCAACUCUCUCCUCUGUUUUUUAUUGAGAAUGCUCGGCUGCGAGGCACUUUCUCUCGUCGGUUCUCUUCUGCUGCUGCGCCAACAGCAACUGCUGCAGAUACGAAGCCGGCGAGUGCCACGCCGUUGCAGAAACCAGGCUCGUCUACUGGAGGAAUGACGAGUGGACCAGCAUCUCCUUCCCGGCAGUCAACCCCCAGUAUUUCUACGGGUCGCCAUGCCACAGAUGUCUACGAUGUGUUCAUUGUUGGCGGUGGUGUCACUGGAACGGCUCUGCUGUACGAACUCUGCACGUUCACAGAUCUGAAGAAGAUCGGACUGGUGGAGCGACGUCCCUCGUUUGCGGUGGUCGCCUCGUGCCCACGCAACAACUCUCAGACAAUCCAUUGUGGCGACAUCGAGACGAAUUACACCGUUGAAAAAGCGAAGAUCGUGAAGCGCCAGGCCGAUAUGCUCCGUAACUUCGCAACGAAGUUGCCUCCGUCGGAGAGAGACCUGGUCGUCCAAAAGAUGCAAAAGAUGGCGCUCGCUGUCGGCGACACAGAGUGCGAGUUCAUGGAGAAGCGAUACCACGUCUUCAAGAAUUUGUUCACGCGCAUGCAGUUCAUCGACAAGAAGACGAUUGCCGAAGUCGAGCCACGUGUCGGCAUGAAGAACUCCCAUUCUAUGCGAUCGGAUUCAGCGUGCGCCAUCUUUAUUCCGGAUGAGCAUUCUGCGGUGAACUACUACCACUUGGCUGCCUCGUUUGUCGACCAGGCGAAAAGGCACGCCAACGGCAAGCAGGUGGACAUUCAAACCUCGACGGAACUCCUGGACCUGAAGCAUGACGGUGAUACCUUCUCCAUCAAAACAAGCCGCGGCAUAGAGAGAGCGCGAUUCGUCGUUGUCAGUGCUUGCGGUCAGUCGCUGCUGUUGGCCCAGCGUAUGGGCUACGGACUGAACUUCAGCUGUCUCCCGAUGGCCGGAAGCUUCUACUUUGCGCCCGAAAUGUUGAAUGGGAAAGUCUACACGUGCCAAGACCCGCGGCUCCCGUUCGCUGCGGUGCACGGAGAUCCAGAUCUCGUUGCAGUGGGAAAGACGAGGUUCGGCCCUACCGCGCUUCCGCUCCCCAUGCUCGAACGCUACAACAUGUCUUCCAUCGGCGACUUCUUGCGUGUUAUUAACCCCGACAUAAACCUCGUUAAGGUGUAUUUGGAUCUCCUUGGCACGUCCCACAUGCGCAACUACGUCUUGAGAAACUUCCUCUUCGAGGUCCCGAAGCUGAACACCGUGCUCUUCGCCAACGACGUCAAGAAAAUUGUCCCGUCAAUCAAGCCGGAAGAUCUCACAUACGCACAGGGCUAUGGUGGUGUACGACCUCAGCUCAUAGACAAGGUACAAAAGAAAUUGCUGCUGGGAGAAGGCAAAAUCAAUCCAGGCACUGGAAUUAUUUUCAACAUUACGCCUUCACCUGGAGGCACGACCUGCUUGGGCAAUGCCGAGCUGGACAUGCGUGCAAUCUGCAAGAGGCUGGGCGCGAACAUUGAUGAAAAGCUCUUCAAACGGACACUUCUGGAAGGCGAAUACCCCGUGGCACACUAGGAGCCCAUCAUCAUUUGGAUUUCUGCGCAAAGUGUCGACAUUUUGUCGGUGAUUUCGCUUCCUGUGCGUCGGCCAAACCAUGUGCCCCUACACACACACAGUUCUGUCUCGCGGCCGGACAUCGAUGUGGUGUGAGGGGAAGGUAGGAUGCUUGGGCAAGUUCGCCCGGACUAGCCUCUGCUUCAGAUGCUUCUCGUGUCCGUCCUAGCGUCGCAACAAUGAUUUGUCGGUGUAUUACGUGGUGUCGUGUACCACAGCUAAUGUGUUGAAAAGACUGAAUAUCCUGUAAGUCUCAUGAACCAAGAUAUUUUCGGAUCCUUCAUGAAGACGGCAGGAAGGAAAUGUGGCAUUAUAAAGUGAACAGAAAUGUGUUGUUCAUCUUUUUGUCACCCGCAUCCCUGAAAACCUCGUAUUCAAUGCUCAGCUGUUCAGAAGGUUAUAAUU